AUGGAGCCCGAUGGGGACAGGGACGUGACCAACGCCACUGUCUACGAGCUCGCCCUGCAGAACCGCUCCAACACCAGCGCGCAGUUCAUCGGGGUGCAGCUCAUCCAGUCCUUCAAACCCCUCAUCAUCCCCUGCUACGCCCUGGUUGUCCUCGUCGGCGUCUUUGGCAACUACCUGCUCCUCUACGUCAUCUGCAAGACCAAGAAGAUGCACAACGUCACCAACUUCUUCAUCGGGAACCUAGCAUUCUCCGACAUGCUGAUGUGUGCCACGUGCGUGCCCUUCACCCUGGCCUAUGCCUUCAACCCCCAGGGCUGGGUUUUUGGGAAGUUUUUGUGCUACUUUGUUUUCCUGAUGCAGCCCAUGACGGUCUAUGUCUCCGUCUUCACGCUCACAGCCAUCGCGGUUGACAGGUACUAUGCCACCGUGCACCCCCUGAAGAAGCGCAUCUCGGUUACCAGCUGCAUCUCUGUGGUGGGGGGCAUCUGGCUGCUCUCCUGCGGGCUGGUGGCCCCCGCCAUCGCCCACACGUACCACGUGGAGUUUCAGCAGGAGGGCUUCGCCAUCUGCGAGGAGUUCUGGAUGGAGAAGGAGACUCAGCGCCUGGCCUACGCCUACGGCACCCUGAUCGUCACCUACAUCCUGCCCCUCUCUGCCGUUUCCCUCUCCUACAUCUGCAUCUCGGUGAAGCUGAGGAACCGCGUUGUGCCCGGCCACCCCACGCAGAGCCAAGCCGAGUUCGACCGCCUGAGGAAGAGGAAGAUCUUCCGCCUCAUUGUGCUGGUGGUGGCAGCCUUCGGGGUCUGCUGGCUCCCCAUCCACGUCUUCAACAUCAUCCGGGACAUCGACAUCAACCUCAUCAACAAGCACUACUUCCUCCUCAUCCAACUGCUCUGCCACUGGUUUGCCAUGAGCUCCUCCUGCUGCAACCCCUUCCUCUACGCCUGGCUGCACGACCGCUUCCGUGGGGAGCUCCGGAAGAUGUUCACCUGUAAGAGGAAGAUCAUCCCUUCCAAGAACUGCGGGGCUGCUGGCGGCGUGCUCUGAGGCUGGGGUCCCACUCCCCAGACCCUCCGCGGCCGUGCACUUUGUCCCGUGCAUGGCAGAGCUUUCCCCGCUGCCGGAGGGUCAGGGAUGCCUGUCCUGCCUGUGGGACCGGAGGCAAAUG